AUGACGAUUCCGUUGUUGUUGAAGAUCAAGCAGGGCCAGCUGCUGCCUCUGUUUGUUAAGUCCUCAGACACCAAUGUCCAAUUCCAGAACAAAGAAUACAAGUUCGCUGCCAUCUACGAAAAUGACAUCUCGGAAUCAAUUUUGGAUAGGCUCACUGGCCAAAGCUGUGCUUUAGUGCUUAUGGGUCCAACUGGAAGCGGAAAGACUACCACUUUAAGAAGUAUUCUCGAUCACCAAAUGAACAAAGAUGGAGAAACUUAUUUUACUGCUUGUGAGGUCAGUGAAAACAGAUCCUUUGCUGAUAUUGUGGAUAACUGCAAGCGUAAGAGAUACGUUAGCUCACUUCCAAUGGAUAAGCAGUUGAAGAAGACCAAACUUGCACAAUCGGCCAUGGAAAAGGUCUUCUCCGAAAGAAAGACCUCGUCGACGGUAUCCAAUGCUACCUCCAGUAGAUCGUGUCUCAUUGUAACGUUAUACAACGAUAAGAAAACAGUGACAAUCGUGGAUAUGAUGGGAAAUGAGAAAUACGAUGCCGCAAACUCCACUUCGAAUGUGUUUGCCAACUCAAACGUCUCAUCCAUCACCCAGCUGCUUUUGACAAGAACAACCAGAACCCGUUCUUCAAAUCUCGUGACAAAUUUAAUUUUCCAGAAGCUCUCACUUUCUAAGAUGAAGUUUAUCUUGCACUUGGACGAAUGUGGCAAUGCGGAAUUAAUCAAGUCCUCAUUGUGCAACAUUGUGGAUGUGGUUAAGGAUUUUAGAGUGGAGCCCCCUCGAUCGGUUGUGAGACCUUCUUUAUCCACCAAGUACGUUCCUAGUUAUGCUAGACCCACUGUAUCGUCGUUGAGUCCACGAAAGAAAUCGGUUGCAAAAUCCAUCAGGAUUACCAAGCCAAAGUUGAAUGUGUUCACACCAUUGAUUAAAAGACCAAGCUUAGCUAGAAGCGUCACCGAGACUCCUUGUGUGCGUAAAAAACCCAUGAACAGAACCAUGGAGAACUUGUAUCAGGUCGAGUUGAAAAGUUUGAAGGAACAGAAUGCACAACUCGCCCAGAAAAACAUGGAACUUUCAUCACUGGCUUACGAAGCCAAGGAGACAACUGCCAAAAACAUUUCCGAACUUAAGGAACAUCUUUCAGCUUUUAGGGCCCAGGAGCUACUUUCCUUGAAGGAGAGUCUUGCUGGAGUCAAAAAUGGGUUCCUGGCUUUGGAGAGUGAUCAUUCCUCAAUGGUUGCAGAGAUGCUCUCUAAAGAAAGAGAGAUUGAUACCUUGAAAGCCUCUAAGGUGGAGGCUGAGGAUCGAAUUCAAAAAUUGAAGGAGAUUCAGAGCGCAAACCAGUCCGAAAUUGAGCAUUCUAAACAAGAAACCGCGACACUCCAGGGAAACAUCGAGCAGCUUGAAAAGGAGAUUUCUACUCUCAAAGUACAAGUUGAUGACUUCCACAAACGGAUCGGUUCGCUCACAGAGGAUGUAAGCACUCGUGACGAAUCUAUCAAAUCGUUGGAACGUGACAUGGAGUCUCGCCAAAAGAAGAUUACAGAAUUUGAACACAGCAUUGCUAUACAUAGAGAUGAGAUUGAGUCUCUAGAGUCUACCAUCACUUCUCUCAACGAGGAGUUGGAGAAGCUGAACUUAACGUCCGAGUCGAUGAAGAAGCAAGUGGACGCUUUAGAAGAUCAACUCGCAACUCUGAAGAACCAGAUCGCUUCAUUUGAGGGCCAAAUGUCCUCUGAGAAAGAACAAAUUUCUUUGCAAGAACAGAAGAUCUCGUCUUUGCAAGCGGAAUUAUUACAGAAGGAGCAGACCUUGAAAGAUUCCGUGGCUGAGAAACAGAAACUCCAAGAACUUCACCAAGAGGAGCUCGACAAAAAUAUACAAGAGUCUCAAAUUUUGCAACAGCAACUUGAGCUGCAGAGCACUGCUUUGGACAAGUUACAGAAUGCCUUCCAACAACAGAAGAGCCAAAUCGAGAUUUUGGAAAGUGAGAAUUCCAAAACAAGCACCGAGAAUUCCGAAGCCAAAAUUAGCUUGCAAGCUAAAGAAGAAGCCCUCACUAUCUUGACCUCCGAGAAUGCUGAUUUGCAAGAAAAGUUGAAUACGCAAACAAGGAGAAUCGAGGCUGCUGAUGCCCAGUACAAGAAAGAUAGAGAUGUACACUCCUCCAAGCUUCAGUCGACCCAAAAAAAUCUCGAAAAGAUCAUAGCUGAGAAGGAAGAACUUACUAAGAAGCAUAACGAUCUCAUCUCCUACAAUAAGUACAUUGUGGAGAAGUACUCCAGUGCAUUAGAUAAGAAUGACGUUCUGAACAAGGAAGAACAAGGUAAGUUUGAAAGCACCAUCAAGGAACUUCAAGCAAAGCUCAAAAGUCAGGAGGAUGAGCACAAGAAAAUUGUUCACGAUUUGACUGUUCAGGUUGAGAGCCAGGAAAUGGAGAUGUCUGAACUCGAGAAAUACAAGGCCAAGUGCACGAACUUAGAGAAUACUGCCCGGGCAGUUCGGGACGAAUCAAUUGAGCAGAUUGCAUUCUAUGAGACAGAGAUUGCACAAUUGAUGAGUGAAAUUGACAGUUUCAGAAGCCUAGAGGUGACCAACGGCCAAUUGCAGGCUGAGUUAGAUUCCUUCCGCCACGUCAAGCUCUCAAACUUGGAAUUGACGAAUACUGUUGACAGAUUCAAGACUCCAAGCCCACAAAAACUUCCAUUCAACCCUUCCAGCGAUAUCUUUGAAGACGACCACCAGCCUAACAAGGAUUAUUUGAAGGCAUUGAAGCAGUCGAUGAAGAGCAGCCCCAAGAAUGUGUUACGUGAUUCCAACACCCUAUCAAGCGAGAAGAAGAAAUUGAAGAGAAAGGCACUGAGUUAUAUUUCGUCGGUAAAAAGUCCCAAGGUGGUUUCUCGUUAG